GAUCAAUCACUCAAUCGAUCAAACAAUCAAACAACUGAUAUAUAUAAUAUGGCCUCAACUACUGCGACAAACAAUCAUAGAGUAGUGGAGGAGGAGUUAGAAGGCGACGAGGAGGAGUAUGAGGAGGUGGUCGAGUACUACGAGGAAGAGGAAGAGGUCGUAGAGGAGGAUGUCCAACAACAUGGACAAAAUGGACAUCAAUCGGAUGGUGUUGGCCACGAAGCUGAUGAUGACGAUGAAGAGGACGAUGAGGAAGAGGUCGAGGGCGAGGCAGAAGAGGAGGACGUAGAGCCCAUCCUCAAUUACACGCGUCUCGGUCAUGGCGUUACAGAGAUACUCAAGGUCGACUCGGCAUCAUGCAUGGCCGUGCAUCCCAAGUUCAUUGUGCUGGGCACACAUCACGGCUCAGUCAGCAUACACGACUUUGAUGGCAACAGGAUCAAGAACUUUGGUUCACAGAAUGCCACCAUCACAGAGAUAGCCAUCGAUCCAACCGGCGAUUAUAUAGCAUCUUGCACAGUGGAUGGCAAGGUGGUCAUCAGCCCAUUCGAUAGCACAGGCGAGACAAUGACAUUCCAAUACGUUCGACCUAUAACAGCAAUUGCAUUGGACUCUGAGUUUGCACAUAAGAACACGCGACAGUUUGUUACUGGUGGCAAGGGCGGUCAGCUGAUCUUGAACUCCAAGGGAUGGUUCCGCUCGAAGGAGACGAUCAUACAUCAGGGCGAGGGCCCCAUCUACGCCAUCAAGUGGUGCGGCAACUUCAUCGCCUGGGCCAACGACAAUGGCGUCAAGAUCUUUGAUUGCAGCACCAACAUGCGCAUUGCGCACAUCCCCCGCAAAGAGGGAUCGCCGCGCGGCGAGCUCUAUCGCUGCUGUCUGUGCUGGGAGCGUCCUGACACGCUGAUCAUCGGCUGGGCCAAGUCGGUCGACGUCAUCCAGAUCAUCGAGCGCAUCGACGGCGUCAAUGGCAACAUCAACAAGAUCGCACAGAUCACCAAUCAGUUCUCAACAACUUACUGGAUCAGCGGUGUCGCGCCAUUUGGCGAAGACCUCGUGUUGCUCGGCUACAGCGAUGGCGCCGUCGAGGGCCAGAACGACAUUAGCGCUACUGCCGCCACACCCAAGAUGUCCUCGCCCACCAACCUGACGGGCGCGUGGAACCAGGGACGUGUGGACAGUGCCGAGAAGCCAUCAAUCUACAUCGUCUCGCGCAAGACGAACCGCGCAAUCACCAAGGACCAUCUCAACGUCAAUGGCUAUCAGCACUACACGGCGUCCGACUACCGCCUCGAUUACAACACACAAGAGUCAAUCUUCUACAUCGUGUGUCCAAAGGACGUCGUCACGGCCAAGCCUCGCAACCUGGAGGACCACAUCAAGUGGCUGAUGGACAAGGAUCGCUACGAUGACGCUCUGGCUGAGGUCGAGCGCGACCAGCAGACGAUACGCUCGCUGCCGCCCAACAGGAUUCGUGAGAUUGGUGAGCGAUACAUGGACCAUCUGCUACAGGACGAGAAAAUGGACAAGGCUGCCAGUCUGUGCCCCAAGGUGUGCGCACGUGACAACGAGCUGUGGGAGAAGUGGUUCCUGCGCUUCAUGCGCCACGGCGGCCUGCAGGCCCUGUGUCCCUACAUCCCCAUUGGCAACCCCAAGCUUAGCCAGCAGACGUACGAGAUCCUGCUCAAUCACUUCCUGCACAACGACCCAGCCACAUUCCUCAAGAUCGUCAGUGAGUGGGGCUCGCCUAGCGUCAACGACCUCUACGACAUCAAAAAGGUGAUCACCGAGGUCGAGAACCGUUUGGCGCUCAACAAGAACGAGACCAUCAUGGUUGGCCAGGCGCAGCUGUACAUCUACGACAACCAGGAGGACAAGACCCUGGACAUCUACCUGAAGCUGAAGCGCGGCAAUGUCUUUGAACUGAUCAAGAACAACGAGAAGCUGUACGACUCGAUCCAGAACAAGGUGGCGUUGCUCAUCGACUAUGACAAGGUCGAGGCCAUCAAGCUGCUCGUGAACAAGAUCGACAAGAUACCGAUUCGCGUCGUCGUCAAGCAGCUGGAGAACAAGCCCGAGUACACACAUCUCUAUCUACACACGCUUUUCCUCAAGGACGCGCGUGCCGGCAUGGACUUCCACGAGCUCCAGGUGUCUCUGUACGCACAAUACGAGCCAGACCUGUUGCUGCCCUUCCUCAGGAACAGUAUAUCCUACAACCUGGACAAGGCGCUACAGAUCUGUAAAGAGCGCAACCUAUACGCCGAGAUGGUCUACAUCUUGGGUCGCAUGGGUAGCGCCAAGGACGCGCUGAACCUCAUCCUCGACAAGCUGAGGAAUAUCAAGGACGCCAUCGAGUUUGUGGAGCAGCAAAAGGACAAUGACCUGUGGAGCUACUUCAUCAACAAGGCCAUCACCAACCCACUGUACGUCUCGGAGUUGCUCGAGAACAUUGGCAGCCACGUCGACCCCAUCAAGCUGAUCCGCAUGAUUCCCGACAAGAUGGAGAUCCAGAACCUGCGAAACAGACUGGUCAAGAUCCUGAGCGACUAUAACCUACAGAUGUCUCUGCGAGAGGGCUGCAAGGAGAUCCUCAAGAGCGACUGUGUCUACCUGUCCGAGACACAUCUAGAUGCGCUGCGGGCUGGCCACAGCAUGGAAGAGUACACCAAGUGCGCCACAUGCUCCCAGUCGAUCGUCACACACAAGCCCGACUGCUCCAUCGUGCUUUACUUCUGCAACCACGUCUAUCAUAGCCGCUGCAUUAGGACGGCUGAGCAGCAGGGUCAGGUGCCGGGCAUGCCCGGCCCACAGCAAGGAGGCGGUGCAGCGGGUGGAGCAGGUGGCGCAGGCGGACAUCUCGCUCUGUUUGAGAUUGGCUUCUGUCCAAUCUGUCUGUCCAAUCAGACCAAGGUCAACAAAGGCUCAAGAAAGAUU